ACUUCCGGCGUAAAUCCUCUGAAAUGAUAUAAUUGUCUCGCGAGAUAUCGUGCGCUUCCUCUUCGAAACGGAAUCUGCCUCUAAGAUGUCUCUAGUGAUUCCUGAAAAGUUUCAACACAUCCUUCGUGUUCUUAACACGAACAUCGACGGGAGGAGGAAGAUCGCCUUCGCCAUCACUGCCAUCAAGGGCGUCGGUAGGCGAUAUGCCCAUGUCGUUCUCAGGAAGGCCGAUAUUGACCUUAACAAGAGGGCUGGCGAAUUAACUGAGGAUGAGGUUGAAAGGGUCGUGACCAUUAUGCAGAACCCACGCCAGUACAAAAUCCCUGACUGGUUCCUCAACAGGCAGAAGGAUGUCAAGGAUGGCAAGUACAGCCAGAUUCUUGCCAACGGUUUGGACAACAAACUGAGAGAAGAUCUGGAGAGGCUGAAGAAGAUCAGGGCUCAUCGUGGUCUCAGACACUUCUGGGGUCUGCGUGUGCGUGGCCAGCACACGAAGACCACCGGCCGCCGCGGUCGCACCGUUGGUGUGUCCAAGAAGAAGUAAACUCAUUGUCUUUGUCAAUAAACACCACAGUUCACUGUC